AUGGACAGCGACCGCCGCCUCUCCGCCAGCGCGGCCGCCGACCAGGCCCUCGCGACGCUCGGCUACAAGGGCGAGCUGCCGCGCAACCUCAGCAUGCUGAGCAUCCUGGGCCUCUCCUUCGCCAUCAUGGCGGUCCCCUACGGCCUCUCCACGACCAUGUACAUCACCCUCACCGACGGGCAGGCCGUCUCCGUGCUCUGGGGCUGGGUCCUCGUCUCCCUCAUCUCCGUCUGCAUCGCCGCCUCCCUCGCCGAGAUCUGCGCCGUCUUCCCCACCGCCGGCGGCGUCUAUUACUGGAGCGCCAUGCUCUCGUCGCGCCGCUGGGCGCCCCUCGUCAGCUUCGUCGACGGCUGGCUCACCCUCGUCGGCAACUGGACCGUCACCCUGUCCAUCAACUUUGGCGGCGCGCAGCUCAUCCUCAGCGCCAUCUCCAUCUUCAACGAGGACUACGUCGCAAACGCCUGGCAGACGGUCCUGUGCUUCUGGGCCGUCAUGCUCGUCUGCGCCCUCGUCAACGCCUUUGGCUCCCGCUACCUCGACCUCAUCAACAAGAUUUGCAUCUACUGGACCGCCGCCUCCGUCUUGGUCAUCCUCAUCGUCCUGCUCGUCAUGUGCAAGGACCGCCGCGACGCCGGCUUCGUCUUUGGCCACUACGACGCCUCGGCCAGCGGCUGGCCAAGCGGCUGGUCCUUUUUCGUCGGCCUCUUGCAGCGUGAGUUUCCCGUCUCCUACUACCUCGAUGAAAUCGCAACACACAUUCGCAUGUCCGCCUACGUCCUCACCGGCUACGGCAUGGUCGCCGCCAUGUGCGAAGAGGUCCAGAACCCCGAGCGCGAGGUCCCCAAGGCCAUCGUCCUCUCCGUCGUCGCCGCCGGCAUCACCGGCAUCCUCUACCUCGUGCCGCUGCUCUUCGUCCUCCCCGACAUCCAGAUGCUCCUCUCCGUCGCAAACUCCCAGCCCAUCGGCCUGCUCUUCAAGACCGUCACCGGCUCCGCCGCCGGCGGCUUCGGCCUCCUCUUCCUCAUCCUCGGCAUCCUCAUGUUCGCCGGCAUCGGCGCCCUGACGGCCGCCUCGCGCUGCACCUACGCCUUUGCCCGCGACGGCGCCAUCCCCGGCUACAAGCUCUGGAGCCGCGUCAACAAGUCGCUCGACAUGCCCCUCUGGGCCCUCACCCUCUCCACCGUCGUCGACUGCAUCCUCGGCUGCAUCUACUUUGGCUCCUCGGCCGCCUUCAACUCCUUCACCGGCGUCGCCACCAUCUGCCUCUCCGCGUCCUACGGCGUCCCCGUCCUCGUCUGCCUCGUCCGCGGCCGCGAGCCCGUCCGCAACUCGCCCUACCCGCUCGGCCGCUUCGGCACCUUCAUCAACGUCACCUGCGUCGUCUGGAUCGUCUUCUCCGUCGUCAUCUUCUGCAUGCCCGUCGCCCUGCCCGUCGACGCCAGCACCAUGAACUACGCCUCCGUCGUCUUCGCCGGCUUCGCCGCCAUCGCCUUCAUCUGGUACUUUGCCUACGCCCGCAAGAACUUUACCGGCCCGCCCAUCCUCCGCGGCGACCCCACCGAUCCGGGCGUCAUGGUCGGCCAGACCCUCGGCGGCGCCACCAGCAACGGCCUCACCGACUCGGAGCAGGGCGUGACGAUUGAGAAGCUGGCUAAAUAA